GCAAUGUCCGGAGCCUAUGAUGUGUCUUCCGAGAUAUUCUCGCUCUACUCCCAUCCACCUAUGACCAGGGCUAGUACGUGCAGCCAAGCAAGCAAUCCGCUUGUAACACCCAUGGACGAAGGCCUUCUUGGUGCAACUGGAAAUCUCGAUCAUCCACGGGGAAAGUCUACGAAGACAGUCGACGCAGCUCGUGUAGCAUCGAUCACGCCAGAUGAGCGAUGUCUCACUCGCGAAUCUGCUCUGCACAUCAUCAACGAGAGCUACGACGAGGAGCCUUAUGGCCCUUACUUUUCUCGUCCCCGAGGCUCACCAGCACACUCUCCAUCAUCUCGCCUCUCGCGUCGAGGAACGACCAAAGAACUCAUUGGUCGCUUCGAAUCCAUGUCACCAACGAAGACAUCGUCCACCUACCUGCCGGAGACACCCAGAUCACGCCCCGGUGCAUAUCCUGCGAUCGAAAAGACGAACAAGCGCUCCCCGAUUCGACAGUCGAUUCGCAACUUCCUUUCAGUGUUCAAGAAGAGCACUGGCAAGACCUCCGGAGAGCGUAGCGAACUUUCGACGGUCGCCGAGGAUGCAGGCGCUCGACCAGUACCCGACCGCGUCAACACUUCGAGGACGAGUGGAUCUUCAUGUAGUAAUACUCCGUCUUUUCUGAGCGUACCUCAAGUGAGCGAAGCGCGGGAAUCCCUCAGCAUCUGCCAGACGCCUACCUCCCCUACGAGUGCUCGUCACUCUGGGCCAGUUCUCUACUUGUCUCGCUUACCCACGUCAGCAGCGGACAUACACCCAAUAUGGGCGCACUGCACGGCGGCGUUGCACAGCACACACCUCCUGCUCACGUCGGAGACUUCUGGCGGUAACCCGUCGACGAACAUCAUUGCAUUCCGGGAGUGUGCCGAUGUGCGUUCGCUGUCAUCAACCGAGCUCAACCCGAACGAACGUGCAAUGCUGCCAUCGCAAGGCACAGAUGGUGAUCGUCAAGUCUGGAAGAUAUUCGAGCUCUUAUUUGAAGGCCGCCCAAGGGAGAGGUUCGCGGUUCGUUCUGUAGGAGAGCGAGCCGCAUGGGUUAGCAAGAUCUGGGAUGCGAUCUUGGAAGCCCAGGAAGAGCGAAGCGAGGCAGCAAGCAUCGCAGCUCGGCGUAAUCAGUCCAUACUUUCCGCAGGCGAUAAGGGGACAGAUUCGACUCGCUCUGUACUCUGCUCGACCCCAGGUGGACGUAACAGCGUCCUCUUUGUUCACUCAUCAGGUGCAGGAUCCACCCUCAAUGUAGACCGUGCUCUGCCCGACAUUCCCAGGCCGGAAGAAAAACCUCCAGCGCCGAAGCUCUCCAUACAGAUCCCAUCUAGUCCACUCCGUCCAGUUGCCUCAGGCUCCUCUCCCGUUUCUAAACUCUCUCCUCUUCCGCGGCCGCCAACUACACCAACGAAAACGCAGACGACACCGACACGCACCCAGAGUCCGUCCAUCAUGAAUCUCGACAAGCGGUCUAUGGUCAGGCAGCGCCUAGCGCAACUGGAAAGCACAAACGGGAGCCCUUCGUCCGCGCGAGGAUCUCCGUCAUCGACCACCGCUUCGCCUACUACAGUCGCACGUGCCCGUAUUCCGCGAAGUGGUCAAGACAGCAGCGGCUUGCGCCGUCAAAGCACCUCUGCGUCUGGAGUCAUGGACUCUCUCGUCGAGAGCUACCGCAAUACACCGGUGGACUCGCUGCUCUCAGCUUACUCGGGCCGUCUCACCUCCGUUGCGCCUUCUAGCCCGGCGCGUACGCCCGCUAUCUCAUCGUUUCUGAAGCCUCUGCCUCAGGCCCACGAUCUCUUCUCGCCUGGGUCGAGAUACUCCACGGACGACGAAGUCGUGAUUCGACCCUCGUCGGCUUCAUCUGAGCCCCAGGGACAAGGCUCUACGAAUGAUGCUCGGCGACAUAUGAUUCGGCUCGAUACAAAUGCAGGACCCAUGAAGACACCCGUCGCUGUCAGGGAGGAGCCGCGGGCCCUCCCACAGGUGCCUGUGCACCUGCGCGAGGAACCUCGGCGUCCUCCUCCAGAGCCCGUCAGAGUGACUUUGAGGGACGAACCGAUGAGGACGCUGCCGCCGAUCCCUCAAGAAUCCCAUGAGGCCAUCCGAAGCCCUGGAGCCUCGUUCGCCGGUGCUAAGUCUCGGUCUCCUCAAAGAGAACGGAUCCGGGAGUCUGAGCCCGCCGAAUAUGGCGCCGUGCUAGGGGGGAUUCAGAACAAGGUGGACACUAUUCUGGACCAAGUUUCUCAACGGCAGAACACUAGCCCCACAAGCACUGUCGACCUAUCCGGCGUCUUGGCCAAGUUGGAAGAACUUCGCAACGACAUCCAAAACGGAGCGGCAGGAGCUGCACGCUCACCCACUGAACCUGCUAAUCUUGACAAGCUCAAUGAGAUGCACGCUAAGUUGGAUGUUCUCGGGACGCUAUGUCAGAAUCUGCACGACCGCGAGCCGGGCGCCGGUCAGUCUACAGACGAUAGUGAACAGGUAGCGGAGGUCCUCUCACUACUGCAAGGCGCGCAAGAACAAUGGUCGGCACAUACGGAGCAGCAAACGGAUAGCAUUCGGUAUCUGAAUGAGCUCAACUCUUGGCUCGAAGCGUUCGUCAACCACGGAACCGCCCAGAUCGAGAACGUCGCAGCGGGUGUGCAGAUGCUCUGCAAAGAGCUCGGACCCGUUGAAGAGCUUCAAGAGCCCGCGGAAGACGGCCAAGAACAGCCUCCAAAGGGUAGCCUACUCGCGGAUGUCCGCAAGCUCCUGGUCGAGGCGAAGGGCAAGGAGGAAAGCUCGGUCGUUCUCCAUGCUGCUGUGAACGGCCUCAUCGCGGCUGUGCAGGAGGACCUCAAGAAGAAUGCUGAGGCGAGGAACAUGCUCACGACUGAGUCCGUAGUUGGCCUCAUUGACCGCCAGCGUCAAGACCAAGAACGCAUGCUACGUUCGCUGGGAACAGAACUGUCCAACGAGAUCCGCGGAGAACGCCUGCGCUUCGUCGAAGCCAUGAAGGAGGCCACGCAGAUCAACGUCCAAAUGCACGUGGAGCACUUCAAGGGAGAGCUCACGCGCGAGGUGAUGCUCAUGACGCAGGAAGUGAGCCGCCUGCAGCGCGAACGACAGGGGUUGGAGCAACAGAUCGCGGACCUAUUCGCGUUCUACUCCAAGCAGAAGCAGGCGGGAGCAAAGAUCUUCCAACGCGCAGAACAGCCUCGAAGUCAACAUCAUGGACGGUCGCGGUCUGCUGGCCCGCCGAUGCCCGGGGCGCAGCCUUUGCCUGUGCCGAUGCCUGGUGGAUCGACAGCUUCUGGGAUGUCCCCGCGGGCGACGCCGAGGCGUCCGUUGCCUACUCCGAGCCCGACAUCUGCGCAUCGACCGGCGUCUUCGUUCAUGUAAUGGGGUCUAUCUGACGUAGCAUGGCUCUUAGGCCUUGAGCUAUAGCCUUGAUGGAUAAUUCUACAAUGCAGGUUUAGCGAUUCGUGGGCAAUAUGUAUG